AUGGUUUCCUUGGCUAGGGGCACCGCCCAUGUCUGUGGAGGAGUUCUGAUAGAUGAUAAGACUGUUGUCACAGCAAAGCACUGCGUCACUGGAGGUCUAAUCCCAGACAUAGCCCAUGUUGCAGCUUUAGAAAGAGUUGAUUUGGCAGUUUUGCAUCUGGAACAAUCCUUUCCAAAAGGCAAACAAGACGGGCAUGAUAUUGAUCAUGCCGAGUUACCAGCUCAAGGAUCCACUCCCGAAAUUGGUGAAGUUGGUUUGGUUGCAGGCUGGGGUGUGGUUGAAAGCAAAAAAAGACCUACCAGACUGUGGUUUGCCCAACUCACUGUCAACGAAGAAGAUUGCCUGACACAACCAGAAAUUCCUCGAACAUACUUUUGUAUGGACUCCGAAAGAUCAUCCACCUGCAAAGGAGACAGUGGAAGCCCAGAAUUUCGUCAUGGAUCGCGCGUUGUGAUAGGUGUUAAUGGAUCCGGGAGAACAGAUCAAAAUGAAUGUGAAGGGGAAGAAGGUGGAGACAUGAGUGAAUUGAUCUGGUAG